AUGUCCGAAGGAAAGGUUUUAAAUGGCGUUGGCGAUGAACCCGUAGCGGUGAAGAUGGCCUGCUCGAACUGCGGCAGCAAGGAGCUGGUCCCCUGUGCCGACGUCAACUCGACCAACAUGACCUCGAAGGACUACUACUUUGACUCGUACGCCCACCACGGCAUUCACGAGGAGAUGCUGAAGGAUGAGGUGCGCACUGGCUCCUACAAGAACGCCAUCCUCCUCAAUCGGCACAUCUUCAAGGACAAGGUGGUCCUCGACGUGGGCUGCGGCACCGGCAUCCUCUGCAUGUUCGCCGCGCAGGCCGGCGCGAAGCACGUCAUUGGUGUCGAGUGCAGCGGCAUCAUCGAUCUGGCGAAGCAGGUGGUUGAGGCCAACAACUUGGCUGAGAAAAUCACACUGGUUCGCGGCAAGGUAGAGGAAAUUGAGCUGCCGGCAGAGUACGCCAAGGUCGACAUCAUCAUCUCGGAGUGGAUGGGCUACUGUCUCUUCUACGAGUCGAUGCUGAACACUGUCAUCUUUGCGCGCGACAAGUGGCUGGCUCCCAACGGCAUGAUCUUUCCAGACAAGGCUACGCUGUACUUGACUGCCAUUGAAGAUCGCCAGUACAAGGAAGACAAGAUCAACUGGUGGGACAAUGUGUACGGCUUUGACAUGAGCUGCAUCGGCAAGCUGGCCAUCACCGAGCCCCUGGUGGACAACGUGGACGCCAAGCAGAUUGCCACCAACUACUGCAUGGUCAAGGAAGUUGACCUCUACACCGUCAAGGAGGAGGACCUCAGUUUCGACUCGGAGUUUACCCUGCUCUGCAAGCGCGACGACUACAUUCACGCCCUGGUGGCCUUCUUCACUAUUGAGUUCAGCAAAUCUCACAAAGUGAUUGGUUUUUCGACUUCUCCUGAGCACCGUUACACUCACUGGAAGCAGACCAUCUUCUACAUUGACGACUACCUGACUGUGAACCGCAGUGAACAGGUGUGCGGCCGGUUCGCUAUGGCUCCCAAUUCAAAGAACAAGCGUGAUCUCGACAUCAAAAUCAGCAUCGACUACAAGGGCAAGCUGUCGUCGAUGAAGAAGGAGUUUGAGUACAAGAUGCGAUAG